AUGGCAUCUUCCGUGAGCAGCGCCCCGCAGUUUAAUACGGCCCGCACGGCGAUCGUAGUGGCAGGCCUUGCCGCAGUGGCGGCAGGCGCCCUUCUCUACUUUCAUUGGAGGCAGACUUACAAGCAACGGGAAAACUCAGGAACUGGCUCAAGGAAAAGGAAAAGGAAGAUGUUUUUGGAAAAGCCGCAGAACAAUUGGAAGGUGAUGCUGGCGGACAACCAGCUGGGGCCCUUUGUGCACCUUAGGAGGCCAGGCCAAGAUCCCUCGGAGCCCCACCCCUACGGCCCCGAGAUUCGCGCUCUUCUCGACAACCCCUCCAAGCUGCUAUUGGCAGCCGCCUCCGCCGAACAUGUCAAAGAGCCGCCUUCCUUGGAGGAAGUGGAGUACGUCUGGGUACAGAGCAGAGAUCAGCUGGAGCAACUAGCUGCGGAGCUUUUGAAGGUGUCUGAGUUUGGAGUGGACACCGAGCAGCACAGCCAGCACUCGUUCCUGGGGUACACCGCACUGCUGCAGAUCUCCACCCGAACUUGCGACUACGUUGUUGACACGCUCGCCCUCCAUGACGUCAUGCACCUGCUGCGCACGCCGUUUUCCUCGCCCCGCAUCACCAAAGUCUUCCAUGGCUCCGACAACGACAUUGUGUGGCUCCAGCGGGACUUCCACAUCUACACCGUCAACGUCUUCGACACGUACCGGGCCGCAAUUGCGCUCGACAAGCCCCAGAAAUCUCUAGCCUUCCUGUUACAGUGCUACUGUGGGGUGACGUCCGAUAAGAGGUUCCAGCGGUCCGACUGGCGCCGCCGGCCGCUCCCCCCGGAACUGUUGGAAUACGCGAGGACGGACGCGCAUUAUCUGGUGUACAUAGCGGAGCGUCUGCGGGCGGAAUUGCUUGAGGGGAAGGCUAGAGAGUCGGCGAGGGGCUCGGUGGUUGAGGUAGAAACAAGAACGGCUAGAGGUUCCGAGGAGGAAACCGCAACUUCGGACGAGGAGACGCCUUUGGAAGGGCCAGUAGGCGGUCUAGGCGCAGAGGCUGACGUAGGCGAGAGGGCUGCUGAAGUGCGCGUUGGCGAAACGAUGUCUGACAUCAGCAAAGCGGGCGAUGACAUCAGCAGGACGGCCGACAAGACCAACCUCAUUGACAAGCCCCGUGCGAUUCGCCUAGAGAAGCUGACCCAGGUGCUGGGCCGCUCGAACGGGCUCUGCUUACAGCUGUACGAAAAGGAGCCCCCCGGCUCUUCCUCGGCGUCGUCCCUCAUCUCCCGCCACUACAGCACGCCCGUCGGCGCGCAGCACGCGCGCGCGCAAAAUCCCGAGGAGGGGCUCCGUUUCCGGGAGUGCGUUCGCGCGCUCUACGACUGGCGCGACAGAACGGCCCGGGCCGAGGACGAGAGUUUGAGAGCGGUUCUGACGGACGCCGCUCUAGUUGCGGUUGCGCUUACGUGCCCAAAAACGCCCUCCGACCUCUUCGAAACGGUCCGGAGGGCCGACCGCCGCGCCGCGAGCAAGCCCGCGCCGCACCCCUUCUUGGAAGUGACCACCUCGCCGUCCCUAGUUCUCGAACGGAAUGCCGCCGCCGUUUGCGAGAUCAUCGCCCGUUUCUCAACCUCCCCUGCCGCCCAACUUUACAAUUUCUUCGACGACGAAGUAAGCGUUUCCGGGGGGGAGCAUCCGGCCAGCGAAGGUACCCGGGGGAUCCCCCCGGGGGGUAAUUCCGGCUACGCGAAAGGCCGCCGGAGCGGCCACGAACCUAGCGGUUGGGCGCGCGUGGAUGACGAAAGCCUGACGAAGAAGGUGCACCCGGCGAAGCAGCACCGGGACCCGGCUGCGGCGCGGGCGCGCUUUGUGAGCAAGUUUGCGUGCAAGAAGACGGUGUACGAGAACUGCAGGAUCUACGCGGGGGACGGGCGACUGCUGUGCUACUGCGACAGGAAGAAGCUCGAUUGGUACGUCCAAAAAGGCCUGGCCGAGUUUUGCGGCGACAACCCGCCCUCCAUAACACUGCGCUUCGAGCCUAAGGGUCGCCCAGAAGACGAGAACAACGAGUUCUACAUCAGCUCCAAGUCGAACCGCUGCGUGGCCUGUGGCGAGACCAGCCACUACCUGCGCUUCCGCCUCGUUCCGUCGUGCUACCGCCAACACUUUCCGGAGCAUCUCAAGAGCCACCGUAGUCACGACAUCGUGCUCCUCUGCGUCGACUGUCACGAGGUCGCGCAUAAGGCCACGGAGCGCCACAAGAAACUAGUGGCGCGGAAGUUCGGCGUUCCCCUUAUUCCGGCCAAGGUCCAGGGGAGCGGAACGGCGGAAGAGGCCGGGAGCGGAACGGAAGGGGUCGAUCCUGACGGGCUCCGGCGGGCGGCGACUGCGCUGAUCAUGCACGGGAGCGUGAUGCCCAAGGAGAGGGUGGCAGAACUAGAGCAGAUUAUGAAAGACUACUACGGCAAGGAGUCGCUAACUCAUCAAGAUCUAAUGGAGGCGCGGCUAAUUGGUAUGGGGCCCAAGGGCCAGCGGCGGGUCUACAAGAAGAAGGGCUCGCGACUGGACGCUCCUUCCGGCCGCUCAGAAACGGAGCCGUCGGAAGAAGAACAAGAAGCGGCGGAAAGUGUCCAGCGGAACGGUUCGAAGGACUCGCUGAAAAACACCGAGGGCGUGGGAUCUGGUGUAGAAGGAGCGGAAAUGGGGGCUUGUGCUGACAUCAUUGGAGAAGAGGGUGAGGAUGGUGAAGGCCAGAGAAGCGGGGAGGAAGCAAGAAGGGAAGGGGCUGCGAACGGGGCCAGAGAGCAUUCCGCUGGUGACGAGGCGAACGGAACGGAAGGAAAUGGAGCGGAGUUUGCUGAGGACUUGGCGGAAGGAAACGGACGGGAAACGGGACGGAAUGGGGCGAUCUGCCCUGGAGACGUGGAGAACGGAAGCGAGGGGGGUGGAGCGGAACGGUCACAAACGGAAGAGGACGCAACGGCGGGAACGGAUCGGGCAGGAAGGGAAGAGGAUGAAGCAGGACACAAUGAGGCGGAAACGGACCCAAAUAGAGCGGAUUCCGCCGGCGACGGAGCGGACGGACUCCCGCACUCCCGGCGGAACGGCAUCAUGAGCCGGCGGCAGCGGCAGCGGAUGCGCGCGGAGCUGUCGGGGGGCGGUCUCGAACUAGGGGCGGGGGAGAAAGCGAGACGGGCGGAGGCGGUGCUGGGGCACGGACAGCACGGAAGGCGGGUGGUGGAGAUUUUGGAGGCGACGGGGGGGGAGGAUACGUUGCGGGAGUUUGUCCAGGAGUGGCGCGCGUGCUUCGUGGAGGCGCUGCGGCCGACGUAUCUGCCCCCUGCCUGGGAUGUUAAGCACAGCGGAAAGCGGGAGUUUGGAGAGUUCAGUGUCUACAAGCCCAAGGAAGGACAAGAGGGAGAGGAUCUCGGCAGUUAAUCAUUCCUACCAAUUCGAAGCAAUAGAAGAGCGGAGAUGUCUGAGCAAGUGUGGGCUUUUCGCACGAAACGAAGAAGCAUCCGCCCUUAUAAAUUCAGACCGAUAUGUCGAAGCACCGUGGGAUUCUGAUUACAUGCAAAUCCUUGAGGCCCGGACCCUAGGCUCACGGGUUUGAGCUCAAAUAAGAGAGGAGGAGACUUGGUGGCAUGAUUUGAUCAAGGGAAUACUGGGCAAGCAAACCGCAUUUGAAUUCUCAGGCUAUCACUUUGCCAUUGACCAAUCUGCUGAGGACGCAACACCAGCGGAAACUUAGGAUGCAUUAAGGAGUUCCUCAACACGUAGCAAGCAGGUUAAUGAGAACUUCCAACAAAGGCAGCUUGUGAUGCAGAAUCCGGAUCGAUCACGGUUUGUAAGAAACCGUCAGGUCGAUCGAAGCAUGCGCUGGCACUGCCGGUGACGUGGGGUAUUGUGUCCCAUGCCAGCUUGUGUCGAGAACGGCCCGGACACCCUACUUUCAAUCCUAUCUCAAUUGCC